CACGCCUCAGUUGCUCUGAACUGUCACUACCGUCACUAUAGUUUACCACCUACGGCGCUGCAUUCGAGUCUCCAUCCUUUCUGUUUGCAAAUCGUGCCAAGAUGGGUAUCGACAUUAACCAUAAAUACGAUCGGAAAGUUCGGCGUACGGCCCCCAAGAGCCAAGAUGUCUAUCUACGUCUCCUGGUUAAACUUUAUCGGUAUUUGGCUCGUCGUACCGGAGCGAAGUUCAACAAAAUCGUCCUGAAUCGCUUGUUUAUGAGCCGAAUUAACCGGCCUCCACUGUCGCUGGCCAAAUUGGUCCGCCACAUGAAAAAGCCCGGCCGUGAAGGACUAACGGCAGUUGUUGUGGGCACUGUAACUGACGAUUCGAGGAUCGUCAACCUGGGGUCGAACAAGGAGUUCCCCAAGCUGUCUUUGUGUGCUUUAAGGGUAACGGAGAAGGCCCGUGCUAGAGUGCUGAAAGCUGGUGGCGAAGUCAUCACAUUCGAUCAACUGGCAUUGAAGGCCCCAACCGGUACCAAAACCGUUCUUCUGCAAGGACGCCGCACUGCCCGAGAGGCCAACAGGCACUUCGGUCCUGCUCCUGGUGUGCCCCACAGCCACACGAAGCCGUUUGUCCGCUCAAAGGGACGCAAAUUCGAAAGGGCUCGUGGUCGCAGGAAGUCAUGUGGCUACAAGAAGUAGAUCCUUUUUUGGGCUGCUUGUGCAACUGGUGCGCAACAGCACUAGUUUACUACUGGUGGGUGUAAAGGACUCUAUUGCGGCGCAACAUAGUCCUAAGUACCCUUUUAAAGCUAGUAAAGAAAAUAAUAAACAAAGGAAGUUA